AUGCCUUCGGUCUUCUUCUUGCCAUUGAUGAAGGGAAUCAAGAGAUAUAAUAAUCACAAUAUGGCGGCAGAAAAGAAUUUGCCGAAAUUUUCUGAUGAUGUUCUCUGUUUGUUUUUUCCAUUGUCCUACCCUGCUUCUUCCACAUCAUACCAGAUCAACGGCAACUUCUUCACCUUCACAGGGCUUAGAGAUGCCAUUAAUGGCGGACCAAAAGGUGUUCCCUUCAAGGCGACCAAAGCAAGUCAAGUAGAAUUCCCUGCACUCACAGGCCAAAGUGUCUCCCUUGCUGUUCUCCAGUAUGAGCCCCGUCCCACCGGUAUCAACCCGCCUCAUAUUCAUCCUCGCUCAGCAGAGCUCUUGCUUGUGAUACAGGGAGCGGUUAUUGUUGGCUUGGUUGAUUCAACUAAUAAGCUCUACACGCAGACGUUAUAUGCAGGCGAUGCAUUUAUAUUCCCCAAAGGACUUGUUCACUUCCAGGUUAAUGGAGACUCCAAAUACCCUGCAAUUGCUGUUUCUGCUUUUGGCAGUGCCAGUCCUGGAACUAUCUCUUUACCAAAGAACAUUUUUGGCAGUGGGAUUUACAAUUGGGUUUUGGCCCAAUCCUUCAAAACUGAUGUGGACACCAUCAACAAACUCGUUUCAGCUAAUAGUUAA